AUGUAUUCCUUUCUUAAUAAACCAAGCAGAAUUAAGACAAUUGUGACAUUAGGCUAUUUGGCUGUGGGAACAACGUACCCUUUCUUAUUAUCCUACAGAGGAUCCAUUAACAUUCCAAUGACAAAGAAAGGAGUGACUAAUAUCAGGGUGUUAUUCACCAAAAUAUAA